AUGGGCGUCGCCAUCUAUUUGAUCGCUUUGUUUUUGAUCUACCUCGCCUUCAAUGCGGCCAAGAUUUUCGCGUUUUUAAAGGUGAGGCAAGGACGUUUCGCAACCGUCUACGGACCAAAAAAAUACCAUUUUUCAGCGUCGAAAACGAAUGUACGAACUGGUGGCGAAAAUCGAUGGACCAUUGGCAUUACCGCUGAUUGGGACCACUUAUCUGUUCAAAUUGGAUCCCAUUGGUUAGUCAUUCAAAAUUGGCAUAUUUCUAAUCGUACGUAUAUCAGAAUUCUCGAUCCAACUCUUCAAUUGGGGCCUCGAAUACGCCGAGAAGGGCGCGUCUCUGGCGAAAUUCUGGAUUGGUCCCUUUCCGAUGAUUAUUACGCUCACUCCCGACGCAGUUAAGGUGUGCAUGUGAUAGAAAACGUAUAGUCGUAAAGUUGACGCGUUUCAGAAAGUGCUCGAAAGCAACGUGCUCAUCAACAAAAGCAGCGAAUACGAUAUUUUCCUCUCGUGGCUCGGCACCGGGCUCCUAUUGGCCGGCGGCGACAAAUGGAGGACCCGCCGGAAAAUGCUGACGCCCUCUUUCCAUUUCAACGUCCUCAACGACUUUCAGGCGGUGUUUGACUAUCAAUCGAAGGUACGGUCAGAGUACGGUACUACAGUAACCUUUUGUUCAGAUCCUUGUGGAUCAACUCGAAGAGGCCGCGAAUUCGGCGGACGAUCGGACGAUCGACGCGUUUCCCUACAUCAAACGUUGCGCCCUGGACAUUAUCUGUGGUAACUCUGGGAUAAAAUGGGAGUGAAAGUACAGUAAUCGUGGCUCAGAAACGGCGAUGGGAACGACGGUGAACGCGCAGACGAACCACACGCAUCCGUACGUGAUCGCCGUCGCCAACAUGAACAAUCUGGCGUUCAAAUUCCAAAGAAUGCCCUGGUUGUGGCUGAAACCGAUUCGACAUUUGACCGGAUUCGAGCGCGAUCACCGCAAGAAUCUGGACAUUGUCACGUCGUUCACGAAGAACGUCAUCGAGAAGAAGACGAGAGAGUUCGAGGUGAACGGAGGCGGCGGCGGCGGCGAGGAGGAGGAGGGCAAGAAGAAGAAGAAGGCGUUUCUGGACAUGUUGAUCGAGGUACGUGGAGCAGGGGUGUGCGGAAAAUUUCGGAAAAUCGGGUUUUCCGAAUUUUUUUUUUUGCGGAAAAUUUCGGAAAAAUCGGAAAAAUCGGAAAACUCACUUGUUCAUUGGUUCAAUAAAGUGUUUAAACAACGUUCUAAUACGAAAACGCUUUCUCACCGUUUUUCCGCCCAGUUAAAUAUACGUCCCACUUUCCCAUUACGUCAGCUUUUCUGAAAAAACAACACAAAUCGCAACAAUCGGUUCAUUAGAAUGAGAAAAACGAAAGAAAUUGCGUAAAAUUUAAAAAUCAAAUUUAAAAAGACGCUCGCUGCUAGACCCUUCCAAAAAUUUUGUGAUGCGCCUUUAAAAAGCAUACGGUGGUUUCGGACAAAUUGACCUUGAAUCCACACUAAUUUUCCGAAAAUUUUGCCGAAAAUUUUCGGAAAAUCGGAAAAUCGGAAAAUUUCGGAAAAUCGAAAUAUUUUCCGCACACCCCUGACGUGGAGUGUCGUAGGCUUGUACGCAACCACUUUCAGAUGAAAGAAGAAGGCGGCCUGGGAUACGAAGACAUUCGCGAAGAAGUGGACACGUUCAUGUUCGAGGGCCACGACACGACUUCUGCGGGCAUCGGAUGGUCGCUCUGGUGUCUGGCCAACAAUCCAGAGUACCAGAAGAGAUGCCAUCAAGAGUUGGACGCCAUUUUUGGUGAGUUUGAAGAGAAUCGAACACUUUUUAUCGGUAUUGUGCUCUUCCAGAAGGAUCGACACGUGAUUGUACUGUCGACGACAUCAAACGAAUGAAAUAUCUUGAAAAGUGUGUGAAAGAAGCGCUGCGAAUCCGACCGUCCGUGCCACAAUUCGCGAGGAUUGUCGAUGAAGAGUUUGAGAUUGGUGAGUGCGUCCGAAGCUUCUAGAAUACGGGUGCAAUUCCAAUUCCAGACGGUACAAUCCUUCCGAAAGGCGCUUCCCUGCUCGUGUCGCCCGCGUUCAUCCAAAACAAUCCGCGCACGUUCCCAAACCACGAGACGUACGACCCGGAACGCUUCUCGGAGGAGGAGAUGUCGAAGCGUCACGCCUACGCGUACAUUCCGUUCAGCGCCGGCGCCCGCAAUUGCAUCGGCCAAAAGUUUGCGAUGCAGGAGGAGAAGACGGUCAUCUCGUGGGUUCUACGCAAGUUUGAAGUGUUCACCGACGUCGGACUGCUCGAAAAUCUGCCGCUUCCCGAGACGAUCAUGAGACCCAGCUUGGGAUUCCCGCUCACUUUCACCCUCAGAAACUGA